CUAAAAAAUACAUAUUUAAGUGACCUUUUAAUUGUUUUCUUUUAAUGUUUUUCUCUAUUAAUGUUUUUCUUUUUCCAUUGGAAAGCCCUUUCGACGGGUUGGUCCAUGUUCCCUUUUUCCAUUAUUCCAAAACUAUUUUGUGGGUCCGCCCCUGCUUAGGAUACUCAGUCCACCAAAUCUGUUUUAAAUGUUUGUCUGCUAUUGUUUCAGAAUUAUACACUAAACUCUGUUACAAUGUUAGUCUGGUAUUGUUUCAAGAAACGUUGUGCGGCAGAUGUUUUAUAUACUGCACAACAGCAAAAAUGCGACUAUUUUUAAUACAUUGUUUUUUCAUGAUUCAAUUAAUUCGGUAAACAGAAGGUUAAAAUGCACCUAAAAUACUCACAAGACAUUGGUGCAUUUAAUGGACACAAAAACUAAUGGUAUUUAAACUUCUGUUUAUUAAAAAAAUAAUAAUAAUAAAAUAAAUAAAUAAAUUAAAAAUUAAAUUUUUUUAUUUUUUAUUAUUGCCCCUGCUCUGUUUUACUCAACUCAUCCCAUAUUUACAAUGUUCAACUGGUUUUCUUUCAGGGUACGCUAUACACCAGACGUGUUUUGCGUUACAGAGGAGUUACUCGGAACAUUGUAUCGACCGAUACCUCAACAAAAGUAUACUCAUCAUGUCCAACAUAGAUCACAAGUCGGUCGACGAACUGUGCAGUAAUGUGAAGAAAAUACUCGACUGUAUCAAGCCGAACAUCGUAAGGAAGUGCGGAUCCAAGGCAGCAAAACUGGUGGAGGUUCUAGUAAAACCAAUGAUCAAGGGAAGUACCCAGUGUGAUUACAACAUCGUCAAGACUAAGACGACGAAAACGCCUAGUGAAUCAACUCUGAAAAACAGGAACGUGAUUACGGUCGAUGGCAAUGGAUCUACGUCACCAGUGACGUCACAAAAACUUGGCCUACGGGCCGUGUGUUUAUUUAUUAUUGUGAUAUUGGUCUCUUUUAGGUGAUGGUAAUGAACUACAACCAUUUAAACAAAAACAAAAAAUUGACUUACAAAUGUAUGUUGCCUUUCCUUUGAACGAGUUCGAGCAUUGUAAACUUUUGUUGACAUUUAAACACAAACUGACUAAUACAAAACCAAGUUAUCAAUACAUAAUGAAUUACAGGCAACACAUGUUGGUGAUUUUAAUAAAUAUGCUAUAGUACAUAUAUUUUGCAAAUGGUGCUGUAUUCGUGGUCUUAAAUGUAUUGUGUAUACUAAAUAAUUGCUGUUUUCUUAGGAUCACGCAUAAAGCAAAGUAGAAAAACGAAUAUGUUUUUCCUGCCGUUUUCUUUUGCUUUCAUUUUCUUUCAUUUUAGUGUCUGAGGGAUUGCUUUCGUCUUUCUUUCUUUCUGUUUCUUUCUGGGGUUUUUCAUAAAAAAAACUGGGGCCUAAUUCACAAAGCUCUCUUAGGCUCUGCUAGACAACAAAGCAUCCUCUUUGCAAGUCUUUUAGUAUUGCACUGCGAGGUCGCAAAGUUGGGAGAGUUUAGUGAAUUAGACCCCUGAUGUAUAGUUUCUAUUUUCUUUUAUGAAUUCUGUUUUUCAUUCUUUCUUUCUCUCUGUCUCUUGUUCUUUCUUUCCUUCUCCCUCUUUCCCUCUUUGUUUUCUGUCGCUAGCCCUGUUUAUUUCAUAUAUUGUAUCUAUCGUUGGAUAAUGCUCACUGUAAAGUUGUUUAUCCAUAAUUAUAUCAGUUAAUCUAGAGUGUUUCAGUAUCCCGAUCUCAACUUCUUGUUUUCAAAUAUACCACAAAGAAGAGAAUAGAAUUGGGACUAUGAUUCUUGUGUUUACCAGGCAUAACCUUAUGAGUUUAUACUAAACGAGAGUAAAUACACGCACAUAUAUCCAUGUAUGUCCUAGGAAAACAUAUUUGUAAUGAAAAGAUAUAGAGGAUAUUUCAUAUUUUUUUGUCAAAUAUGAUUUAUAUCUUAUCGAGUGAAGUUUGCAAUCAUAUCUUACGAGUCGCGCUUGCGCGACGA